AUGGCUCCAGCCGAACCACACGCGCUUCCCUUCCGCGCGAAGACCAAUGUUCCUCACUUUGCAGAAGAGAGAGAAGGAUGGAAGGGCUACAUCGAGUGGGAGAAAUACCCCGAGAAGAAGGAGCAAGCGCAGAAGAUCCUGGCGCAAUAUGAUUUUCCGGACCCGCCAGAAUUCCAACUUGUCCCACUGCCGGACACCAACCCACUUCUCACCGGCGAGCGGUUCAAGCAGUACCACUACGCAUGCGGCCUGGACUACAUCCCUCGAGUCAGCUGGGAAUAUGUCCAAAAAGAGAAAGCCAAGGACAUGAUCCAUGUCUUGCAGUUCCCAUACAACGGCGAACCGGUCAGAGUGCGCGUUUCGAUCACCCUCGUACCCCCUAAAUUUCUGACUAGUCGCCAGGAUCGCCUCGUCGAGACUGAAAUCACUGACAAUAAGGACCACUUUGUCCGGAACCAUGGCGGUGUACCCGAGAUUGAUCCUGAAAAGUUCACUCUCGACAUUGAUGGUCUCGUCAAGAACCCCCGAACCCUCACGCUGGCAGAUCUUCAGAACGAAGCGCUGUUCCCUCGUCAGAGCAACGUCGUGUCGCUGCAGUGCUCUGGUACCCGCCGCAUUGAGCAGAUACACGAGUACCCAGGCGAUGGCGACGAGCUCAUCAACGCUCCUUGGGGAGAGGGUGCUAUCGGCACAGCGCGUUGGACUGGAGUCAGUUUGAAAAAGGUCAUAAAAUACUGCGGUGGCCUUCAGGACGGCGUGACAGACAUUGAGCUCCGCGGCGCCGACACUUACUUCAAGAAGGGCAACGCGAUGAACUACCUCGUCAGUGUGCCCUGGCGCAAGGUCAAGGCGCACGAGGUCCUGCUUGCAUGGGAAAUGAACGGGGAGCCUUUGCCCAAGAUGCACGGUUUCCCGCUUCGCGCCGUCGUCUUUGGCUACAUCGGUGCCCGCAGCGCCAAAUGGCUGUACCAAGUUCGCGCCAUACGCGGCCCCAGCCCUGGACCAGUGCAGAUGAAGGAAUACCUGUACUACACGCCACAAAUCGGCAAGCAGAACGCCAAGUUCAGCAACGGCUUCUCCAUUCAGGACAUGCCAGUGAGCUCCGCCAUCAUGAGCCCCCGCGAUAAGGACCAGAUCAUCCACGAUGGCAAGGUCAAGCUCCGCGGCUGGGCCUACUCUGGCGGCGGCCACUGGCCUGUGCGAGUGGAGGUCAGCGGCGAUGGCGGGUCAGUCUGGUACGAAGUACCUUGGCAGAAGAUGAGCACAAAGUACUUCUGGGCCUGGCGACUCUGGGAAAUUGAUCUGCCCGUAGAUGCUGAGGGCUGGCUGGAAUUUUGCGUGCGAACGUGGGACAAUGCCAUGAACACACAGCCUACCUACGUGAGGAGUGCAUGGAACUGGGGCUUGCACGUCACGUCGUCUGCUCACAGGAUCAAGGUCUACAGCAUUAACAAGAGCAAGCCUGACACGGCUGCGCGGCUGAAGCAACUCGAAGAGAAUGGGACACCCAUGUUGCCGAUUACGCACCCCAUAAAAGUUGACCUCGAAUCUGACGAAGAGUACCACGCAGCCAUGAUCGCACAAGGGGGUCGCGAUCCAUUAGAGUGACAGCUGAGAUGUUGACUCUAGGAGUACCUUUGUUCAUUCAAACCUGAGGUUAGACAUCUUGACUGCUAAGUUUCAAUCGCCACUGCUCGUUUCACUUUCCUCGACGUCACUCGAAUGAAUCAUGAAACGGCCAUGACAGCAGCUGCGAGCACGGGCAAGUGUGGUAUCUGCGAUUGCCGAUCAAUCGCCCUACAAAUCCCAUAUUUCACAUUCAAAUGGCUGAACUCGGUGGAUGGGGAACACGCGUGUCGUUCGACGAAUGGAGAGAUCAAGAUUUUCUAUCACUGGUCUCUGGUCAAAGGUAUUGCUACUAAGGAAAUGAGACAAAUAAGACUGAUCUGUCGUGAUCAAGUUAGGCU